UGCUUUCAAUGAGUGUCGACUUGCAGAGGCUGAAUGAGCUCUUGGCUUGCAUAGACAAGGCACGAUCUGCACUGCCUGCGAUAUGUAAGGCCGUCGUCAGUUCUUCACAGAUCGAAGCCCAAGACAGUCUUGGCGCAUCUCUACAAGCGGCCAAUCUGGUCGAACGCUAUCGCAAGCGAGUCCGAGCUGCUGUCGACAGCAUAGAAGAGCUCAAUAACAGCUUAGCACCUUGUCAAGAAGUCAUCACGCUCGCAAGGGCGGCAGCGGCUCGCGAGCCCCUUUCGGAGACUCUACCCCUCCGGAGAUCACGUACACAAAGCACCGUCGUAUCCGGUCGGAAGCGCAUCCGUCUUUCGAGCGACGCUUCAAAUAGCGUGCCAUACAUUGCCAGAACGAAGCCAUCAACAGCAGCAGAAGAUCUAGCGAGACAACUGCAGGAUGUACAAGCGCUGUGUGAGAAUCUGCAGAUCGACACGGUGCGGCUGAAAGGCCGAAAGCGAGAUGCUUUUGACGUCACGCUCAAGAAUGUCAUGCAUGCGUGUGUGGCCGUGGCCUGGCUCGACGCCCAUGAUACCCGACCGCCUCACUGUGUCGUUUCCAAUGUCGUCUGUCGCGCCCUCGACGAAAAGUCACGCUUUGAGCCAUCGACGCACGCGAUCUUUCGUCAAGUGUCUUCCGCCAUCUUGAAUCAGUUGCAGGCCGGCCAUACCGACGUCGAGCUCGUUCUACUCACUCUCGAUGCCUACAACGAUCUCUUCACUGGCUCUCAGCUCAGACCGCAGCGGAUCUUAACGGCUUCAGACGAUGCGAGCUGUACCUUUGCUGCAGCAUAAUAAUGACAACAACCCUCCUCGAUCUAAUGCGUUCUAUUGCUCAGCCUUGCAAGAUCACGCCGGCAACUUCUUUGGCCAAUGCUUCGUGCUGUGCCUCGACAGUCAGCUCGGGCACUUCGCUGAUGGACUCGACUUACAAUCGUUGCGACUGGGUGUCUCGGGUCCCUGCACAGAGACGAGCAUCAGCUUUGUGCUUGGCAGCAGCGCAAGGAAGCAUGCCAGAACAGAUACGUGCUUGCUGCAGUACCGCACUGCUGCUGCAGGCAGGACGAGUUUGUCACCGUCAGAUUGUAGGCCGCGGGCGUGGCGACC